AUGGAAGAUGUGAGGAAGAGGGUCAACUUUAAACUUGUAUCUGAACCAUCCGUGUUCAAGAACAAUGUAGCUAAAGUAAUCUACAAGAGGAGUGUGGUGUUCGUAUCUGAUGAGGAGAAGAAAGACUACUUCGUGGGGAUGGACAUGAAGCGUCCCACUAUAAUCCUUGAGAAGCCUAUUUACACAGGGUUUAGUGUGUUAGACCUCUCUAAAUUCUGGAUGUACAACUUUCACUAGAAUCACAUGCUUCGCAAGUACGGAGCAGAGAAGGUUAAGUUACUGUUCACAGAUACUGACAGCCUAAUGUACCAAAUGCAGACGGAUGUUUAUAAAGACAUGCAAGAGGACCAAGAUCUCUUCGACACCUCUGAAUACCCUCCAGAGCAUUUUCUUUUCAGUGAAGCCAACAAGAAAAAGAUUGGAAAGUUUAAAGAUGAGAACGCUGGGGAGCCUGUGUUGGAGUUUGUGGGUCUUCGCGCAAAAAUGUAUUCGAUGGUGACUGAAGAAGGAAAAGAAAAGACGACAGCAAAAUGA